CGUAAUUUCACUGCCGAGAGGAGCUUUGGGUGCGCUGAAACUUAACCAAAACGCGUGUUUUGGGCAAAAUACGGGCAUGGAAGAAUUACGACCGUAAUUCAGCCCGUAAUUCGCCCAGAAUCGGGUUUUUGAGGCAGAUUAGAGCCAAAGGAAAGAGAGAGCUGGGUUUUGGAUCCCAAACACCCAAGGGACGAACCCUAGAGAGAGAGAGCGACUUGGGAACAUUCUUGGAGCUACUUUGGAGGAUUUCUUCGCCAUUGGAGCUCGGGAAUCAAGCUUGGAGAUGGAGAUUGAAGAUCUAGAUCAGAUUUCUGCAGUCUCUCUCUUCUCUAUGGAGUAACUUCCCUUCACUUAGGUUUUGAGGAACCCUAGUUCCAUGAGUUAGGAUCUUUCUUGUAUGAAGUUUUGGAUGCUAUAUUGUUUGAUUAUAAUCGAAUGAUGCAUGUUUAUUGAGUCAAUUGAAGUCUGAUCAACUUUUCCUGAUUCCUGCUGCAAUCUGAGAUAGAUAGAAUCUGAUUAGGUUGCUAGAGUCUCAUCAUUCGGUAGUAGGAGAUUGGCUAUACGAGAGUUAGCCAGUUUACUGCUUUGUACUGGAAUUCAAUUCCAGUAGUGGAGUUCUGUGCUUAUUGCUUCAGCUUUCUAUCCCGGCGAAGACUAGUCGUCUGCCGGAUAGUUAGAUUGAGAGGGCUUGGUCAGCUUAAGAGAUUCCAAGCUACUGUCGGAUCUUCCGCAGUUUAAUCAACAGUAAAUCAACCAAAAGGAAUUACAACUUGGACCUAAUUGAGGAGCUAGGGGGAAUCAUACCUAAGUGAGUUCCCAAACUGUAAUUAGUAGUUUUACUUAGUUUAGUUAGUAGAGUAGUUUAGUUAAUCAAUCCUUAAUCUAGUCUGCUAGAUAAUGAACUGAAGCUGAGUAAUAGUAACUCUAGAGACCCGUGGAUUCGAUAUUUAUUACUUGUGCCACUAUACUGCAGUCCCUUUCAUUGGUUACACUUGGCCAUUGUUAGGUGUUGUGUUUUAGAGCAUCAAGUUUUUGGCGCCGUUGCCGGGCACUUUCUAGAUUAUUAGGAAAGGCAGAAGUUUGUUACUUUAGUGUUUUUCUUUUCUUUUCCACCCUUGCUUUUCACUUGGGUGUUUUUGUUGGUGCAGAUCUGAAUCAUGGAUCCGCAUGACUUCUCCAACCAGUGGGGGUAUCCACCACCAUCCGAGUGGUAUUACCCCGAGACUCCUUGGAGCAAUCAAGGAGGAGAAGACUAUGGAUUCGGGUUCCAGUACCAACCCCCUUUCUACGGAGAACAACCAGACCCCUGGGCAUAUCAAGAACAACCUCAUUACCAAGAAGACUUUCUCCCACAACCAGAAGGGCCGUCGGAGCUGGAGUUACCCAUGGCGGCCUUCACGGGCCACUCUGCAGAGCCAUGCUACACUUCACUGGAAGAUCCGAACAAACAAUUAAGACUUCUCGUGGAGCAGUUUGCUCGAGACACUGAGAGAUCAUGCUCCAAGAUGGAUCUUCAAAUCAAAGCCCUUGCUGCUUCCGUUCCCUCAUUUCUCCAUGAUAUGGAGGAGACUGUUCAGCGCUCAGCGAAGCAAACAGAGUGGGUGGAGCAAGUUUGCUCACAUCUUGCUCAAGAUCACCUUUCUGCUACCACGCUAGAAGAGGUGGAGGAUGACAAAGGCUAUGGGAGCGUUGAGGAGCAUACAGAAGUUAUCACAGAGAACUCUUAUGAUAAUCAUGAUCAGGAAAGUCCUUUGGUUGCAGACCACACCUUUCCUCAUUUAUGCUCUAACAUGCUGGGCCCGUGCGAGGAGAUGCAAGAUGAUCCCAUUGAAGAAAUUGCUUGGCGACUUGCUCUCCAAUCUGUUCUAGAAGAAGAAGAGCGAGCAAGGAUGAGGAAGGAAGUUGUGGAUGAUGAGGAAGAAAGAAAAGAAGAGGUUGUUCUUGAUCUUUUCCCAGGGGAGAGACCACAUUUUGAAGAAGAAAGGGGGGUUGAGGAAGCAAUUGGCGUCCAGGCUGAGGAUGAAGUUGAGGUGGAAGAGGCUUGCACCGGCCCUAUGUUACAUUUGAUAUCUCCACCAAACUUCGAGGAGCUGCUUGGCAAGGACCCAUUUGCAGUGUCUUUUUGCCAGACCAAGGCCACAUCAACAUUGGUCCCUCUUGGUGGACGCGAUGGUGGCCAAUCGAUGCUGUCAUAUCUGGUUUGGGGCAAUGAGACGAGAGAAGAGAAGAAGAGGUCUCGAGGGUGGAGACUUCAUUUGCAUCAAGUACAUGAGCCUUCAUCACCUGCCACACCAUAUGCUCGUGACUUGAGACUCCACCUCAUCGACGAGAACCUCAACUUCAAGGAGGUUUUGGGGUGGACCGAAACUUAGGAGCCAUCGUCCGGCUCAUGACGUGAAAGAAGCGCUUGUUGGGAGGCAACCCAACCAGACGGUUUGCAUUUCUUUCUCUAUUUCUCCUCGGUUGAGUCAGUUUUGUUAUUUGAUUUUAGAGUCAAUAACUCAACCUUUGUGAGAUUUUAUGUGGUGUUUGUGUUCUGAUUACUCUCUCUUCCUGGAAUGCACUGCCUGACCCGUACAUCAUCAUUCACCCUUGAUCUGGUAAUUUCGUUCUACCCUCCUUAUCUUUCCUCCAUUGAGGACAAUGUCGUGCUUAAGUGUGGGGGGGUGUUCGAUUAUGUAUGCGGGUGAAUGUUUGGCUGUUUGUGUGCUUGGAGCUUAGUUCACUGUCCAAAUUUUUAAAUUUGAGGGCUCCAAGUAUGUGUUUCCUUGCAAAUUGCCUGCUCAGUAUGCUUUGAAUUGACAGUCUCUAUAGUAAUGUGCAACCUAGGGAGGUAGUGUAGCACUAUGGAGGAUGUUGAAGUAUAAGAUUUUUCCUAUCUAGCUCUCUGUUGUGCCAGUUGAUUUGUGAAUUAGUGGAGCUAAGACCGUUGAAUUCAUGUGGUAAUGGUGACUCUGUUUGGAUUAUGUUAUGGACUCGUGUAUCGAACAGGGUGCUCAUAUGGAAAAUGGGAAGCAGUUGGUCCUCCAUGUCAAAAUCAUUAAAUCUUAAACAUGGGGUAAGCCCAACGUGUGCGGCACCGUUCAUUGCAAAAAAUCGGGUUUUGGAAGAGAUUUUAGUGAUCCUUAGUGGGAUACUCCUACAAGGUGAAGCUAAGUUGUCUCUAGUACAAGUAAAACUUCCACCCGUUGAAUGGUUUGCCUACUUGAGGAUGUGUUUUUAAGGGCACGGAUAGAGCUUCCGACCCCCCUUAAUUUCAUUGACCCUCCACACGAGUUGAGGAAAAGGAGUUAAAAGAAGUACUCUGGCGAGCUCCAGAUGUACAGAAAUUGCUCUUGCUCGACUAAUAAGGGUCGACCAUGCAAAAGACUGCAGUUGGAACCCCACCAAAUGAAAGAAAAAAUGUAAAUGAAAGUGAGAAAAAGGGGUUCCAACGGUGAAAUGAAGUGAAAGAGCACCCCGGUACAACGAGUCCUUGGUAGUGAAUGGUGUGAGUCCCUUUAUCCAUGAACUGACUGUCUUACUUCUACUUCUUCUCAUGAUCCUGGCUUGAGUCUAGUACUCGCAUUGAGAGAGAUAGGGAACGUCUUAGAAGACCAGUUGACCUCGUAAGCUGCUAUAUGAUCUAGGAAAUCCUCUACCGACGAUCGAGGUUGUAUGUUGAUAUAGAGGUCUGGAGAGCUGCAUUGGUUUGAGUUAGGUUUGCUUGGGGACAAGCAAACGGUUAAGUGUGGGGGAAUUUGAUGACUCGAUAUUUGCACAUGUUUUCCCCUUUGUUUCUUGAUCGUUUAAGCUUGCAUUAUCGCUUCUUUGGCCUAUUUUACGCUAGGUUGUGUUCCUUUGUCACAUUUCAGGCCCUAGCAAAUAAAGUGAAUCAUAGGCG